CGAUGCUGCCAGUGUGACGUAUAAUCUAGUGGACGGGACGCUCCUUCAACAACAACAGCUAGUCAGACACCUCGGUAGCUUUCUAGCAAACAUAGCUAUAACAUUCACGCUCUUUACACCUUUUUGGUGUAUAUUAGUCGAUGUGUUUUAAACUCACUUCUGUCGUAUGUACUUGUUGGCCCAUUUAAUUAUAUAUUUACGUUGUUUGUCAGCUAGCUGGUUUGCUAAGUUAGCUUUGAACUAGGCUAGUCGCUAAUGCUAGCUAGCUAACAUCCCCGACCAUGAGUUCACUAAGUUACUCACCUCCUGAUAAAGAAAAGGUGGUCUGCUGGACGGAGAAAGAAGGUCUCGUCAAAGAGGAGGAGGAAGAGACGGAUGUUACAAUACAAAAACAAGUAGAGGGUGAGACUGUUACUGUGAAGGAAGAGAAAUACGUUACAGUGAAAGAAGAGGCAGAUGCGUUGAGAGUGAAAGAGGAGGAAGAUGUUACAGUAAAAGAAGAGGAGGAAGAGAAAGAGGAGGAUGCAGUUUUUGGAGUGAAAGAGGAGGAGGGGGAGAUUACUGUCACAUUGGAUGAAGAGGAGGAGGUUGGAGAUCUGUUUAACACCAGAGAGAUACUACACUAUAGUGGAUCCUCUGGGGUGCCUCAACUACCUCAUGAUGCUGAUGAGGCAGAGAAGAGUCUCUGCAGAUCAGAACACCUCAAUAAACACCUGCAGAGAUCCACAGGGAAGAGAACUCACAGCAGCUCUGGGAAGAGAUUCACCUCAUCAGGUAUUAAAAUUCAUCAGAGAACACACACAGGAGAUAAACCUUUUAGCUGUGUUCAAUGUGGGAAGAGUUUUGGUCGAUCUUGCCAUCUGACUCAACACCAGAGAAUACACACAGGAGAGAAAUCUUAUAGCUGUGAUCAAUGUGGGAAGAGUUUUCGUCAAUCUGGAGAGCUGACAGUGCACCAGAGAAUCCACACAGGAGAGAAACCUUAUAGCUGUGAUCAAUGUGGCAAGAGCUUUUCUACAUCUGGCUCUCUGACUCUGCACCAGAGAACACACACAGGAGAGAAACCUUAUAGUUGUGGUCAAUGUGGGAAGAGUUUUUCUACAUCUGGCUCUCUGACUCUGCACCAGAGAACACAUACAGGAGAGAAACCUUAUAGCUGUGAUCAAUGUGGGAAGAGUUUUCGUCAAUCUGGAGAGCUGACAGUGCACCAGAGAAUCCACACAGGAGAGAAACCUUAUAGCUGUGAUCAAUGUGGGAAGAGUUUUAGUCAAUCUGGAGAGCUGACUCAACACCAGAGAAUACACACAGGAGAGAAACCUUACAGCUGUGAUCAAUGUGGGAAGAGUUUUGGUCAUUCUGGCCAUCUGACUCAACACCAGAGAACACACACAGGAGAGAAAUCUUACAUCUGUGAUCAAUGUGGGAAGAGUUUUGGUCGAUCUGGAGAGCUGACAGUGCACCAGAGAACACACACAGGAGAGAAACCUUAUAGCUGUGGUCAAUGUGGGAAGAGAUGUACUACAUCUGGCACUCUGACUCUACACCAGAGAACACACACAGGAGAAAAACCUUAUAGCUGUGGUCAAUGUGGGAAGAGUUUUGGUCGAUCUGGCUCUCUGACUCUCCACAAGAGAACACACACAGGAGAGAAGUCUUAUAGCUGUGAUCAAUGUGACAAGAGAUACUUUGAUAAAAGAUCUCUGAUCAAACAUCAGAAAAUACAUGAUGGAGUUGUUUCAUGAUAUCAAUGAAUAAAUGUCACAAUGUAGAAUGUUUUAACAUUGUAGUAGGAGUAUUUUGAAUAAUGUCACAAUGUAGAACCCUAAACGUUUUUCCCCUUAUCUAUUGAUUUCAACAUGAUAUGGAUAUUAGCCUCAGGGGGGAAAUCCAGGCUCUGAAUUGGAAGAGUACUAUUUAUAUGAUUUAACAAAAAAUGACUAACACAAAAAUAGCUGUGUUACACUUACCAUGUUGGUGACCCACUUGAAUCAAAAUGCAAAACUUCAAAAUGUAGCUAGCUGUUUUCUACAAAUUGUCCUCUAACAAGUGAUGUACACAUUAUUCCCAGAUUACGUGUUUUUUUUGAGCUGUUAGUUUAAACAGGACGUGCAACCUCAUCUCCCUCCUCUUGGCACAAUUGAUUUCAAGAUGAUAUUGAUGAGUGAUGACAUGUUCUUUAUUUAUUUUUUUGUUUCACCUUUAUUUAACCAGGUAGGCUAGUUGAGAACAAGUUCUCAUUUGCAACUGCGACCUGGCCAAGAUAAAGCAAAGCAGUGUGACACAGACAACAACACAAAGUUACACAUGGAGUAAAAAAUAAACAAGCCAAUAACACAAUGAACAAGUCAAUGACACAAUAGAAAAAAGAAAGUCUAUAUACAGUGUGUGCAAAAGGCAUGAGGAAAGUUGGCAAUAAAUAGGCCAUAGGAGCGAAUAAUUACAAUUUAGCAGAUUAACACUGGAGUGAUAAAUGAGCAGAUGAUGAUGUGCAAGUAGAGAUACUGGGGUGCAAAAGAGCAGAAAAGUAAAUAAAAUCUGUAUGGGGAUGAGGUAGGUUGAUUGGGUGGGCUAUUUACAGAUGGACUAUGUACAGCUGCAGCGAUCGGUUAGCUGCUCAGAUAGCUGAUGUUUAAAGUUGGUGAGGGAAUAAAAGUCUCCAACUUCAGCGAUUUUUGCAAUUCGUUCCAGUCACUGGCAGCAGAGAACUGGAAGGAAAGGCGGCCAAAUGAGGUGUUGGCUUUGGGGAUGAUCAGUGAGAUUAUACCUGCUGGAACGUGUGCUACGGGUGGGUGUUGUUAUCGUGACCAGUGAACUGAGAUAAGGCGGAGCUUUACCUUAGCAUAGACUUAUAGAUGACCUGGAGCCAGUGGGUCUGGCGACGAAUAUGUAGCGAGGGCCAGCCGACUAGAGCAUACAAGUCGCAGUGGUGGGUGGUAUAAGGUGAUUUGGUAACAAAACGGAUGGCACUGUGAUAGACUGCAUUCAGUUUGCUGAGUCGAGUGUUGGAAGCUAUUUUGUAGAUGACAUCGCCGAAGUCGAGGAUCGGUAGGAUAGUCAGUUUUACUAGGGUAAGUUUGGUGGCGUGAGUGAAGGAGGCUUUGUUGGGAAAUAGAAAGCCGAUUCUAGAUUUGAUUUUGGAUUGGAGAUGUUUAAUAUGAGUCUGGAAGGAGAGUUUACAGUCUAGCCAGACACCUAGGUAUUUAUAGUUGUCCACAUAUUCUAAGUCGGAACCGUCCAGGGUGGUGUGGUAUGGCUUUGAAGCUCGUUUGGAGGUUAGUUAGCACAGUGUCCAAGGUAGGGCCAGAAGUAUACAGAAUGGUGUCGUCUGCGUGGAUCAGGGAAUCGCCCGCAGCAAGAGCGACAUCAUUGAUAUAUACAGAGAAAAGAGUGUUGUGUUCCUUUGUUUAUCAACCCCUAAAUUUAAAUGCAUCACUCCAAAAUGUAGCUGACUGUCUUCCUCUAACCAGCGAGGUAAAAUAUAUCUCCCAUUUCCAUGUAUUUUUUAGUUGUGUUCGUUUCAACAGCACGAACAACCUGAUUUCCCCCCUAAUUGAUAUCAGUGAUUUAUUGCUAUUUGUCAAAACAACAGCGUUUCUGGUGCUUGCGCAGUUAAUAAGGUGCUUGUUUAAAAAAAAUACAAGUAAUAUGAUUAUUGUGGCAGAUGUUCGUGUAUAUAGUACAUUUUACGUUUAGGUUUUCAAUUUAUCACAAACUUUCUGCAUUUGGACUAUUGAUUUGGACACGUUUAAACUGUGACAUUGGGGAUAUCCCACCUAGCAAAAUGUCGUUGAAAAUAAGACUAUGACCAACGUACAAUAUAAGUUUGGUUUUAGUUGAAAGUUGAAAAGAAAACUAUUUAAUUUUUGUUUAAUUUCAACGUACUUGCAGCUUAUACACAUGGACGCAGUAUAAUAAAUCGGUCUAUAAUCAAUUUUAUUAAUAAUCCUAAUAAAUUGAGUCAUAAAUAUAAAAUAUAUUUGUGGUCCUAAGGGGAAGGUGUUACAGACUUUGGUUUUGAGGAUGGACUUUAGCUCGUUAGCACGUCUAGCUCGUUAGCACAUACAGCUCGUUAGCACAUAGGACGCACUGAUUGGUGUCACCUCGCUAGUCAGUAUGUGUUACACCUGUGCUGGCUUGUCCAUCUCGUUAGUGGGAAGGUGUUUCACCUGAGCUGGUCCAGGUUCUAUUUAAGAGUGUCUGGCCCAGUGCUCCAGUUGUCUUGAUAGAUGUGGAGAUUCAACACCUUUAGUUGCUCCACCUUUUUGGUUUGCUUCCUGUCUAUAAAUUUGGUGUGGGUUUUUCUGUUGUUUGUCUCUUCUUGGCAGAUUUAGUGGGUCUUAUGGUGGGUGUCUUUUAGGUCCCAGUUGUUGUAACUAGUCAACUUUCAGUGGACACCCCCAUAGUGUCUUUCAGAGCCCCUCCUAAAAAACAAACUUAUAUUUUGGGUUGGAUAUUGCAUCCAAUUAAUAUUUUAAUCAAUGGAAUUUCCUUAGAAUGUUCAUUAGUCUCUCAGUUGUUAGUCUUCUGUUUGAUGUGUACUAAAUAUUUCUGUUUAUUUUUUAUUAUUUUUUCUCCUGUGAAGCCAUUCUGUUGAAUCCAUGUCUGAAAUGUGCUGUAUAAAUAAAGCUUGAUUUAAUUUCAACAAAUUAACCCAAUGACUGACCAAUCAACAGACUCUUGGUCCGUCUUAGUAUGAAAAACAGUAUCCAUUUUCCAGCCUGCUGAAGGCGUGGUGGAGUGGUAAACACCACCCCCGGCUCUACCAAGAGCUUGAGGUGGUCUCCCACAGCUCUGCUUAUGUCAUGUUUGUGGCCUUGCCGUUCCAUUUCUUGACUGCCCCUGCAACACAGAAAGAAACACAUUUAGUCAUAUUAUAUAAAACAUUCAAAGUAAUGGAUAUGGAGCAUCUAUGGCCUCAGUUACACCUGGCACCUAAAUAUGACUUCUCAUCUGAUCACUCCAAGCUGCAUUCGGUUCAGAUCUACCAGGAUGGGCCUUGACAUAGUCUGGAUGCAGUCAGGCCACUGAAUAUGCAUCAGCAAUGUAAAGAGAUGGGGUGAAUGUUUGGGGAAAAGUACAUUCUACACAAAUUAUCUUCAUAAUAGCAAAGAACAAAUGUGUGUCUGAGGGGAAAUCAACUUUCAUACAGCAAAAAGGGGUGAGAAAUUACACCCAUAUCAGUGGACAAUUUGCACUAAUGUAAAUUAACAUAGAUGAUGGAACAUAUUCCCUUUUGCUGACGUGAUGAACCACUAAGAGGAUAUAAAUAUUUACCAUCUAAACCAUGUGUGACCUCUCACCUCUCUGGCUGUAGAAGUGUUCUUCCUAACCAGUCCCUCAACAGCUCUGACUGAGCUCCACCUUCACUGGGUCUUCAGAGGAGAGGAAGGCUGAGGAGGGAUGGAAGGAUGAAUGGAUCAGUCAGUCAAAAAAGUGUAGAGCUGCUGUCUAUGCUGUUUGACAAAAUUACUAUUUUAGUAGUUCAUUAAAGUAAAUAAGGCUUUAUGACUGCUGAAUACCAACGAUCAAUCACUUAGAUCAUGUAUUUUCAGGUAGAGAUACAUCCUUGGGAUGUCCCUAGCCCAUUGAAGUUGACAUUUUAAAAUGGUUAAGGUAGGGUUUAGGGUAGGAAUGUCCCAAGGAUCCCGGAUAGCAUUGACCAUUGUGCAUUCUUCUGUCUGUUUUACAUAGCAGGUCAUGGGUUCUGACUUCUGAACUUGAAAAUAUGAAAUAUCCUAAGUUUGCCGAUUGAGUGUAAGUAAACUUCUGACCCACUGGGAAUGUGAUGAAAGAAAUAAAAGCUGAAAUAAAUCAUUCUCUCUACUAUUA